CUUGGCCUCGCCUCGGUUCCCUUCGUCGCCCCUUCCUUCCUGCCUCGCGCCUUCCUCGCGCGGCGCGCCUCCUGCCCUCCUCUCUCCUUCUUUCCUCGCUCUCCCCUCCCGCCGCUCGGGCUCGGGGCCGGAGAGACCCUAGCCAGCUUUAGCGCCAGCGCCGUUGACGCCUCCGCCGCCGCCGCGUUGCUCGCCCGGGUGGGGUGCGGCUCGAUGCCCGCGUGGUGGAACCGCAAGUCGAAGGCCAAGCCCGGCGCCGCCGCGGCCGUCUCCGCGGGUUCCUCCCCGCGCUAUUCCGCCGACCUCGAUUCGUCCUCUCCCUCGCCGACGCCCCGGGCGAGGGAGAAGGUCCGCAGCCUCGACUCACCCGGCGCCGCGCGCGGCCGGUGCGGCGCGGGCCAUGGGGUGGUCGGGUACAAGCUACCGGUGCCUGUGGCUGACCCGGAGCCGGAACCUGUGGGGACCCUGUACGAGGAGGCCGCGGACGUGGCGGCGGGAGGCACCGGUGAUGGCCGCUCGUCGGCGUCGGAGUCGAGCGUGUGCUCGCUAGGGUCGUUGGAUGAGGCUCAUGAUCAGCAUGUGUAUAGGUCUGUGGAUCCAGUUGCUUUUGCCAGGGGAAGAAAUACGCUAUCUGGCUCAGAUAGAAUCAUAAACGAAGACAAGCAUAUCAUGUCUUAUAGUAUGCCACGGGGGCAUCAGAAGUUCUUUGAGGUUCCUGUCUCUAUUGUCAGAGAACUUAAUUUGCAUGGUGAUGAACCUUCAACUACUGAGGCCAGCUGUUCACGCGGCAGAUUGUUAUCUGAAGGUAUCUUUGGUCCAAGAACGAGAAGUCUCUCCCCUGGCCCAAAAGGCCAUGCAUUUGUUGUGAACAAUGGAAAUUCAAGAGAAUUUGGGUUUAGCCCAAGGUCACCAGUGAGAAAGAUGGAUGGUUUGAGAAGCCCACCUCAUCCCUUACCUCUUCCUCCAGUUCGUGCUACUUGCUCACCUCGUCCUUCAUCACCCAGUUCUUGCUCACCUCUUCCUCCAUCUCCAAGUUCUUGCUCGCCUCUGCCUCCGUCUCCCACUACUUGCUCACAGUCCCAAUCACAGUGGAAAAAAGGGAAACUGCUAGGGAGUGGUACAUUUGGCCAGGUUUACCUUGGAUUUAACAGUGAAAGUGGGCAGUUUUGUGCAAUUAAGGAGGUUCAAGUUAUUAUGGAUGAUCCACACUCAAAGGAACGACUCAAACAAUUAAACCAGGAGAUAGAUAUGCUCAUGCAACUCUCGCACCCAAACAUUGUGCAAUAUUAUGGAAGUGAGCUGACUGAUGAUGCCCUUUCCAUCUACCUUGAGUAUGUUUCUGGGGGUUCAAUCCACAAGUUACUAAGAGAGUAUGGCCCUUUUAAAGAACCAGUGAUUCGCAAUUACACUGGACAAAUUCUUGCUGGUCUUGCUUACUUGCAUGGGAGGAACACUGUCCACAGAGAUAUCAAAGGAGCAAACAUACUUGUGGGACCUAACGGUGAAGUCAAACUUGCUGACUUUGGCAUGGCUAAGCAUAUAUCAUCUUUUGCUGAAAUACGCUCUUUCAAAGGAAGUCCUUACUGGAUGGCUCCUGAGGUUAUAAUGAACAGUAAAGGUUACAGUUUAGCCGUUGAUAUUUGGAGUUUGGGAUGCACCAUUAUUGAAAUGGCAACGGCAAGACCUCCUUGGCAUCAAUAUGAGGGGGUAGCAGCAAUAUUUAAGAUUGCAAACAGUAAAGAUAUACCUGAAAUCCCAGACAGUUUUUCCGAGGAAGGGAAAAAAUUCUUGCAGCUUUGCUUGAAACGGGAUCCAGCAUCUCGCUCCUCCGCAUCCCAGUUGAUGGAUCACCCUUUUGUUCAUGACCAUCCCGCAGUGAGAGCUGCUAAAUCCAGUACAUUAAGAAAUGCAUUGUCUUCUCCAGCAGAUGGCAGGCACACAAUGUCCAACAGGGAGUUCCCAUCAAGGAAGAUUAUUCCUCCUCUGAGGGAUAUAGUACUGAGCGCGAGAGAUUUUACUGGAUUAUCCACUGCUGUUCCUUCACCGCGCACCUCCAGCAGCCCUAUUCCUGGGAGAGCAAACAUGUCUGUACCGGUUUCCCCAUGCUCUAGCCCACUGCGGCAGUUCAAGCAAUCUAACUGGAGCUGUUUGCCUUCUCCACCUCAUCAAACAUUUUCCUCCGCUGGCUACAACACAUUAAGUUAUGCGCAAAAUCAAACAAGACGAAGUCCUACUCCUGCAGUUUCUGAUCCUUGGCUGGACGUUGGCCAGUUGAAACAUCAAAGCCCCUAUGGUUCCCCAAAAAGGUUCUGACUUACUGAGCACCAUUUAUAAAAGAAAAUUUCAAAAGAAAAAUAUCGCCAUGACUAGGUAGAUAUUCUGAGAUGUGCCGUCAGCAACCACACCGACCGGAUGUACUGUACAGUUAAAACGGGUUCUUGACGAAGGCAGUGUAACAGGAAGUUCUGUAUAUUCAUAGGUUUGUUGUCGCUCCCAUUAUAUAGUUGUAUACAUGUAUGUCCUGAUAUAAAUCUUUCAGAUGUACUACGGGAUGCAAAUUCGUAAGUUUGCACAAGAUGGCAUUUCUAUGAAGUAGCAGUUUUUAGGGUGACAGAUGCAAUGAUGUAUUCCGACUGACAUGAAGAAGGAUAUAUGCUACCGUUUGUGUUCUUUUUUCCCA